AUGUCCCUGUGCCGGCGCGCGGAACGUCCGGACGCUUCCGACGGCGGCUCCGGAGGGCUGCGGAUCCGGCUGCACUGGGGCGGCGCGGAGGAGCGGGAACGGCGCUAUCCCUGCGGAACGCUGAGCGCCGAGGACGUCUGCAUCGACGUGGCGCGCGCCCUCGGAAUCACGCCGCUCUGCUACAGCCUCUUCGGCCUCUACGACGCCCAGAGCCGGAUCUGGCUCCCGCCCAACCACGUAUUCCACAUUGGAAAAGACACCAACCUCGACCUGCUCUUCCGGAUGAGGUUCUACUUCCGUAACUGGCACGGGCUGAGCGAGAAGGAGCCGGCCGUGUUCCGGAACGCUCCGAAGCCGGCGGAUUCCCCGGAUGAGCGGAUUCCCGGAGGGGCCCUGCUGGACAAGUCGUCCUUCGAGUACCUCUUCGAGCAGGGAAAAUAUGAUUUUAUCCACGACGUGGUCUCGCUGCGGGAUCUGCACACGGAGCAGGAACUCCAGCGCUUCCAGAACGAAAGCUUGGGAAUGGCCGUGCUCCAUCUUUCCCACCUGGCCCUCAAGAAGGGCAUUUCCCUGGAAGAAGCGGCCCGGAAAUGCAGCUUCCAGGAUUGCAUCCCGCGCUCCUUCCGCCGGCAGCUCCGGCAGAACAGCUACGUGACGCGAUUCCGGAUGAGGAGCGUAUUCCGGAAUUUCGUGCGGCGCUUCCAGCGGCACACGGUGGGAGCCGGGAAGCUCUCGGAGCGGGACGUCAUGUACAAGUACGUGGCCACGCUGGAGCAGCUGGCGCCGCGCUUCGGAGCCGAGCUCUUCCCGGCGCUUUCCCUGGACGCCGCUUCCGAAGGGGGCUCCGGAGCGCCGGGCGCCCUCAAGUACCGCCAGUUCCGCAUCCAGCAAAAAGGCGGCGGCUUCGUGCUGGAGGGCUGGGAUCGGGAAUUCCCGACGCUCCGGGAUCUCCUGGACGCGCUCAAGGGCUGCGCGCUCCGAUCCGGAGACGACACCUUCACCGUGCGGCGCUGCUGCCCGCCCAAGCCGGGAGAGCUUUCCGACCUGCUGGUGGCGCGCGCGGCGCAGGACGAUGCCAGGGAGAUGCUCCAGCUCACGCAGCUCUGCUUCCAUCGGAUCCGCAAGGACGAGAUCACGCAGUUCCGUCCCGCUCCCGGCUCCAUCCUGCUCCCGGCACCGGCUCCAUCCCGCUCCUGGUUCCGUCCCUCUCCCAAGCGCGCCGAGCGGAUCCCCUGGAUCGCUCCGGAAUGCGUGCGGGAUGGGGGAAGCCCCAGCCCGGCGGCGGAUAAGUGGAGCUUCGGGACGACGCUCCUGGAAAUCUGCUUCGACGGCGCCGUCCCGCUCAAGGAGCGCGCGCCGGCCGAGAAGGAGCGUUUCUACGAGAAGCGGCACCGGCUUCCGGAGCCGGCGUGCAAGGAGCUGGCGGCGCUCGUGGGCCGGUGCCUGGAAUACAGCCCGGGAAUGCGGCCGUCCUUCCGGACCGUCCUGCGGGAUCUCACGCGGCUGCAGCCGCACGCCCUGGCCGCCGUCACGUCGGUGCCGCCCGCGCUGCCCCUGCCCGACCCCUCCGUGUUCCAGAGGCGCUACCUGAAGAAGAUCCGCGACCUGGGAGAGGGCCACUUCGGCCGCGUGGGCCUCUACCGCUACGACCCGGGCAACGACGGCACGGGGGAGCUGGUGGCCGUGAAGGCCCUCAAGGGCGGCUGCAGCCCGGGGCUGGUGGCCGCGUGGCGCCGCGAGGUGGCCAUCCUGCGGACCCUGUACCACGAGCACAUCGUCAAGUACAAGGGCUGCUGCGGCGAGCAGGGUGAGCGGGACGGAUCCCGCGGGAUCCGGGCGAUCCGGGUGGGAAGGGACCUCUAG